AUGAUGAAGAUCAGCAAGAGCUGCCCCAACCUCCUGAAGAAGGCCGUGACGUCGUUCAAGAGCAAGACUGACGCUCUAAGGACGAAGCUCAUCAUCCUGGCCUCGCUGCGCCGCAGGAUGGCGAUGGUCCGCGCAGUGUCUCGCCAGAUCCACGGGCUCUCCAGGCAGGCCGCGGUGGAGCACGGCGGCAAGGCUCUCGCUCCGCACAAGAAGGCGGCGGCGGCGGGCGAAGAGGCAGCUGGUGAUCAUGGCGGCGAGGCUCCUCGCCUUGGUCUGUUUGAGGUGGCAGUGUUUGAGGAAGAUUAUCAUGGCUACCCUGACUGGACCACCUCCCUCUUCGACGAUGACGAUGUUUGCAACGGUGAGGAUGAUGAUGAUGUCCAAGACGAUGAGCAGGAUGAUCUUGAUCUUGAUGUGUUCGAUGAGACCUCGGUCAUCGAGAUCAUCAGGAGCAACCGGGAGGCUCAAGGGUUGGAGUUCAGCAUGGAAGAUGACAUUGACGAGGCCUGCGAUAUGUUCAUCAGGAGAUGUCGCAGCCGGAUGAACCUUAGUUUCUAG